AUGAACGCGCGGGAGAGAAGAAGGGGACGGUCUCUCCUCGAAGAGACGGAGGCUUCUGCGGCGUCUCUCACGCUUCGUCCGUCGCAAGCGACGAGUCCUCUUCUUCGUGCUCACGGCCUGACGUCUCCGCCCGCUGCCCCUGCCGCGUUUCUGCCGUCUGCGAUGCGGACUCCAUCGGAGAAGAAACAUAGCAACGCGAAUAUGGAGGCGACAGAGACCGGGACGCUGUGUGCCGACGAAGCGGUGUCGCAGGAACCUGCGAGCGUCACGGAACUUGACGACGUUCAGUCCCCCUCAGAAGAUGGGGGACUCUGCGAGACAACGGCGCAGACGGCCGCACUGGAGGAAGAGGAAGAGGAGUGUGAACCGCGAGAACUCGCGACCGAGGGCGAGACAGGCGGCCCGAGCGACGGUGUGCGGUUUGCUGGCGACGCAACCCGGACUGGAGAGGCGCGAAGCUCGGGCGAAGGCGAGACGCAGGGCCAUGUCGAUUUGAAGCCCGCGUCUGCGUCGCGUUUCCAUUCGUACGCUGAACAGGACGUAUGUGCGUGGGCCACCUCGAUGCUUGCUCGCAACGAGCUGCGCAAGUUGAAGGCGGCUGCGCUGAAGCUCGAGGGCGACCGCAUGCCGCGAAGCGAUGUCGUCGGCCUCUACUUCAAGAAGCAUCGUCCGUGCUGGUCUGUGGACUACCACACGCGCCAGGGAAAGAGGAAGACUGUGGAGUUUUUCGUGCCGGACCUUUCGCGGGAGACGAUUGAACUCGUCCUCGUGCACGCAAUCGAGUGCCGCAAGUACAUGCCGCGCCGCUUCGACCAGGCCCCAGCGUUUGUCCCGGAGCCCGACGACACGACCUCGGGCAUGCCCUACCGGUACGGCGCGCGGUUGCUGAGCCCGGAAGUGCUGGCCUGGGUCCGUGAAAACAACAACUCGGGGCGCAACUCCCAGCAUGCGCACGGCCAAAGCAGUCGGCGAGGAGAAGGCGAGAAGGCAGGGAGCGAGAACGGAUUGCCGUCCUGUCCAGCCGAGGGGACGUCUCUGCGCGGCCCCCGAGGCAACCUCGCGCGCCAGAGAGACUCCCGCUGGCAGGCCAAAGGCGCAGGCGGCCGCGCUGGCUCAGGGCUCGCCUCCAGUGAAGAGAAGGCUCCUCAAGACAGCGAAGCUGGAUCCUCCGCGGGCGGCCUGCCUCGUCCCGGCGGUGUCUCGGCCUACGUCGACUGCAGCGCGAGACACGUGCCCGGUGGGGACUACCCGAGCCCCGCGCACCUCCCCCCCGGGCGGAUCCCGGGGCCCCUGUCGGGGCCUCAGAUGUUCGACCAAGGCCCAGGCAUGCACGUUGCCGUGUGGCGAGAGGAACCACGCGAGGCUCCGCCGCAGGCCUUGCCCCCCACGUUCGCUGUGCCCCACGCGACCUCCUUCUCCCCUGCCGCAGGUUUCCAUGAUCGCAGAGAGGCGGCUGUAGAGUCGCAUGGCGACCUGUACACGAUGCGGCAAUAUCCGCCUCCGUACCCUUACGGGCCUGUUUCGCCUGAAGCGGCCGCGCCGGCGGUGUCAACUUUCCGCCACCCGCCGUUUGCGAACGGCUCAGGCUACGUGAACGGGCGAGCGCCCUGCGCCCCGCCUGAAGCGCACCGCCCGCAGUCGCCUUUCUGGGGCCCGCACACGGGGAUCCCUGGAGAGGACAAGGACUGCCAAGUCAUCGGGUGCACGGCCCCGACUGGGUCGCCGGCGCCCGGGCGAAUGGCAAGCUUCGUGGGAAGCGGAACUGCGUUCGAGGGGGAAGGCCGACAUCAGGGAGAAGCGCCGACUACUCAGGCGGAGCAGACCGCCAAGAGGCGGCGGGUCCAGGGAGACAGCGAAGGCGCCGGCAGGGCGGGUCCCGAAGCGCCUGGCAGCGACAGUCCCUUUGUAGGGCCCCCGAUGUGCCUCCCCGCUCCCAGAGAGUGGCCGAGGAACGGCCAAGCUUUUGCGCAACCCGGGACCGGACCAGGCGCGUGCCCCGGCGCAGGGCUGGCCCCCGGCACGGAGGACGCGCGACGAUCUCUUCACCUUUCGGCCUCGUAUUCUUCGGCCUCGUUUUCUUCGGCCGAGUUCCCUUCCGUUCCGCCUCAGACUCCGCACGCAGCCUGCGUGCUGUCGGACGGCGACGCUUCUCGGAGCCAGGUGUCGGGAGCAGCGUCGGUGGGGUGCGCCUCUCCGCUCUCUCCGCCCUUCAGGGGAGAGGACGCUUCCGCGUGGGCCUCCAGAGAGCUUUUCGGCAGCCCUGAAGCGUUUCCCGAGAAACCGGGUCCCUUUGUGCCUGGGUCGGCGCUUCCACGGAGACAGUCAGUGGCCAUCAGCGACGCAGGUCUCACUACGGCGUCGACCGCGUCGCCUUACCAGCAUUCCUGCUGCAAUUCAACGGUUGCUUCGUGCUCCCCGAAAUCCGCUUCUCCCAUGUCUCAGAGCGGAUCCUUUCCCUGCGAUUUCCAACAGGUGCCGCGAACGCGCUUCUCCAUUCCAGGAGUUCAGACGCCCGAUGAUGUCGCCGUGGGGUGCCUUUCCAACCCUGGAGAGACGCCGGCGCAGCGGGCCGGCACCGAAGGAACGCUAAAGCCAGGAGAAGCAGGCCCCCUGACGCAGCCGCCAGGAUGGCAACAGGACGCCUCUACUCCAGGUGCUGAGUUCUACGCACCUCGACCUUUCGGGAACGCCGCGCCUUCGCACAGUGUGUCUCCGAGGCCUGCGUGGCCGUACGGCACAGACCUAGGCGAAGGCGACUUUUCAAGUCCACGAGGGCAAGCGCCUCUCCCAGGCGGCUGUCCCUCGUCGCCUGUCUGGGGAGGGGGCCGCGGAGUCUGGAGCCGCUUUGAGGAAAGGCAGCUCUUGUGUCCUGUGGACGCGAGCGACGGAGUCGGGGAGAGAAAUGCAUGCAUGGGCAGCAACCUACACGAGAGCUGUGGCGUGCAGGAGGCUACCCUGGACGGCAGUCGCGUAGGGCGUUCGGAAUCCCCCGUUGGGCCUGCCGGGGCGGCAACUGGAGGGCCAGGGGACCGAAAGAGGCUUGGCGAGCCGGGGUCGUGGGGCGCGGGCGACAGAGGCGUCGGCGAGGACGCCCCCCGCAAGGACCACUUGCAAGACCACCUGAUGUACGUUUCGGGGAACCGCGAGCUCGCGUGUUUAGAGGACAGCGCCGUGCUUCUGUCCUCGCCUCUGAAUGAGGGCGUGCACCCCCUGGAAAAGACCAGUUCCGGCGCUUUCCCCGACUUGACUGCCUGGGUGGGGAGCCCGCCGCACGAUGGCAGCUUUGUUCAGGAAUUCGACAUGUUCAGAGAACACGGGGACCCAGCGGGCGAUGACGCGCUGGCUCUGUGGUCGAGUGGCGGGGCCUUUGGACAGCGCACCGACCCUCUUUCCCGCGAUGACGAAAGGGAGCGGGAAUUCUGGAAGAGCCAGCAGACGCCGUUCUGCGGCCCGCCAGCCUUCUGGUGCAUCUUUCCUGUCGGGUACACCAGAGAGUAUGACGUUAUGGACAUGGUGACUCUUCGCGAUUUGAGCAACGUUGACACUCUCGUGUCUCGCCCGCUCCAGGGACCGCCGCCGUACGGAGGCUGCGCGGCGGGCAACGCCGAGGAGUCUCGGGGAACGGCCUUCCACGGGGGGGACGGCGCUGCGCUCUCCGCUGCUUCGAAGAAGGGGUACGAGUGCAGAGCCGAGGCACCGGCGGACGCUGCGACUGGCAAGGUCGAGGUGAAACACGGCGGAGGCAGGAGAAAGCACGUCGAGGAAGGGUCUCAGAGAAGUGGGCGAGAGAAAAAACUCGUGGAGGGGGCUGGUAACAGGCUACAGACUGCCUGGUCUCUGACUCACGACCACUCCUCUCCGUCGUCGUCCUGGCUCUCCUCGCACCCCCCCUACGGUUCGCUGAAGAGCCGUCCCCAGGGCGCGAACGAGGCAAAGGACUUGAAGCAGGGCGGUUCCACCCCGUGGGAUGCGUCUUCGCGUCGAGCGGUCCCAGAGGGACCGCGUCCGACGUUUGUUGCAGGACGUCAACGCCUCUGCUCGAGUGGUGGGGAGGCGCGCUCGCUGAACGGCGCCGCCGCGUAG